GGCCCGCCGGGACCGUCGUAUGUCGCGCACACGCACGCGCACACGCACCGAUGUUUACGCGUGGCGAGGAUCAACCACUGCGGGUCAGAGGUCGACUAAUGCACAGCUGCACAGCUGCAGGCAAGAUGAAGAUGAUGAUGAUGAUGAUGAUGAAAACGAUGAAGGAGAUGAUGAUGAUAGACGAUGAAGACGAGAAUCUUCCUCAAACAGGAAGUACGUGAAACCGUCAUAACGAGAGUGGCUGGCCCCCGGGAGCGAAAAACUGGAAAAGGAAGGCAGGAUAAUGAUGAGGAAGAGGAGGAUGAAGUGGAUGAUGAUGAAGAUGUGGAACAUAAGGAACUCCCGUAAACAAGAAGUGAGACCGUGAUAACCCCAGUGGCCCCAGGGGGGGGAAACGGGGGAAAAGAUGAGGAGGAGGCGGAUGAAGAUGGUUUUUUUUGAAUGGUUUUGACGUUUCAUCCGCACGGAGCCUGCAAGGAACCACCUUUGAAACCGGGUCCCUCGCGCUUCCGCGUGUGCAACACAUACGCAUGACGUGGUUGUGCCAGUUGUGGCGUGACCGGACGUAAACACAAACGCCGACGGCGCCGACGACGACGACGGCGGACCGCCGUGUCGGUUGUUCUCUACCUUAGCGCUGACGUUCGAGCUCGUUCUCGCGCUCUUCGCAUCCCCCGUCAGUGUUGCACGUUUACAUCGCACGGGCUUCUUAUUCGGUUUUUGGUGAUUUCCAGUGGCGGCGUUACAGCGCCACCUCUGGCCUGGCAUAUCUACUGCAGCGUUUCAGCAUCAUUGUGUGGACACACACAUUUCUUGAAACGAUUCUGUAUUAAAGGGAUUUUUUUUUUCUUUGUUCACGAACAAGAAGACGAUCAGCUCCGUUUCCGGGUGGACGGGGCCCGAGCUUCAUGUGGUCCGUGGGUGCGCCCGCGAUACGAAGCGCUCGGUCUUCUGCGGGGGGAGUGCUCGUCAUUGUCACCGCCGCACGCGGCGAUGGAGGAGUCCUCGCAAAACCUCUGGCGAUGGCACGAACCAGAGCUGAUAAUCAAAUGGCCAAACGAACAAGAAAAUGACAGACGCAAUCUGAUCCUUUACUGAACACAAAGACCUGCUUACUGUACAAACCAUUGGAGGACGCCCCCCCCCCCCCGCCCCCAUUCUUGGAAUCAUGAUGACACUCUAACCCAUGAGAGGAGUAAUUCCCUUAGAAGGAAUUAGAUGUUUCGUGGACAUUUGUCAGCCGCUUCCUGUCGCCCGCAGCAGCACUUCCUGUCACCGCCGUGACGGGUGAUGGGGUGGGGUGCCCGCGAGUACGAGGGCGUGCGCGGGCCCACAAAGGGUGCGCGUGUCAGGAAAAGACGUCGCCCACGCAGGAAUUAAACCAUUUGUUUGUGCUGAAGUCAGCACAAACAUGCACACACCUCAGCGCAAAGCUGCUCCAAUUUAGCAACGGUGCACACACACUGGCCGACCCGAUGAUGUCAUCUCGAUAUUUGAACGGUGCUCCAAAAGAUGCUGAGGAGGGAAAACAUCAAAGGAAAACACGAAGAUCUGAUGACCAGAGGAGGACCUAAGGGGCGGGGCUUGAUUCUCGGGAAAUCCCACGCCUGCACUCUCACGCGCACGCUCUGCGAGUGUGAGACGGCCGCAGAGCUCUCGAGGCUGCGGACGGACGACGAGCGCGAGAACCAUGAGGACUCCGCAUCCUCUGAUGCUCGGCUUCGCGCUCGCCGCCGCCGCCGCCGCCGCCGCUUUCCCCGCCAGCGUCAACAUAGGAGGACUUUUCCCGGCCGGGUCGCACGAGCAGGAAGUGUUCCGCUUCGCCGUGACGCGCCGCGCCGGCGACGUUCCCAAACUGCUGCCUCAGAUGGACGCCGUGGACGCCGGCAGCAGCUUCGCCAUGACGUACGCUCUCUGCUCGCAGUUCGCCAAGGGCGUCCACGCGGUGAUGGGCGUGUACGACCAGCGGACCGUCGACACGGUGUCGUCCUUCUGCGGCUCGCUUCACGUCAGCUUCGUCACGCCGUCAUUUCCCGGGCUGGCCGACAGCCCCUUCGUGCUGCAGCUACGGCCCGGCCUGCGGGAGGCGCUCGUGUCGCUGCUGGACCACUUCGGCUGGCAGCGCUUCGUCUACAUGUACAGCGUGCACGAAGGCGUGUCGGUCCUGAAGAAGGUUCUGGAGCGGGCGGCCUCGCGAGGCUGGCAGGUGACGUCCGUCAACUUGGACUCGCUGAACGAGCCCGGCUUCAUCCGGCUGCUGGCCGACCUGGACUUCAAGAAGGAAUUCCAGGUGGUUCUGGACUGCGAGUCGGACCGCCUCAACGCCAUCCUGGCCCUGAUUUCAGCGCAGAAAAGAAACCUGAAGAACUAUCAGUACAUCCUCCUCAAUAUGGGCUUUGUGGAGCUGAACCUGACGGAGUUCCACGCGCUGUCCCCGAACGUGACGGGUUUCCAGCUGGUCGACUGGUCCGACGCGUCCGUGCUGACGGUCCAGCGGGACUGGAGGAACUUUGACUCCAAAGACGGCGGCGCGGCGCGGCGCGGUCUGCGGUACGCGGGCGCGCUGACCUACGACGGCGUGAGCGCGGUGGCGGCGGCUUUUCAGAACCUCAGGCGCCAGCGCAUCGACGUCUCUCGUCGCGGGAACGCCGGCGAGUGUCUCGGGAACCCCCCCGCGCCCUGGGGGCAGGGCAUCGACAUACAGAGGGCGCUGCAGCAGGUCCGUCUGGAGGGUCUGACAGGCCGCGUUCAGUUUGAUGAGCGAGGACAUCGGACCAACUUUACCCUCACGGUCAUGGAACUGAGCCGCACUGGACCCCGGAAGGUGGGCAUGUGGAGCGAGCGGAGGGGCUACGUCAACACGGCCCGGUACAAGCCCACCCCGGAGGAGUUCUACGGGCUGCAGAACCGCACCUACAUCGUCACUACCAUCUUGGAAGCGCCCUACAUGAUGCUGAAGAAGAACCACGAGCAGCUGGCGGGAAACGACAAAUACGAAGGUUACUGCGCCGAGCUGGCCGCCGAGAUCGCCAAGCACGUGGGCUUCGCCUACCGACUGGAGCUGGUGGGCGACGGCAAGUACGGCGCCCGAGACCCCAGCAGCAAGAUGUGGAACGGCAUGGUGGGAGAGCUCGUCUACGGGAAGGCGGACGUGGCGGUGGCGCCGUUGACCAUCACGCUGGUGCGCGAGCAGGUGAUCGACUUCACCAAACCCUUCAUGUCGCUCGGCAUCUCCAUCAUGAUCAAGAAGCCCACCAAGUCCAAACCGGGCGUCUUCUCCUUCCUGGACCCGCUGGCCUACGAGAUCUGGAUGUGCAUCGUCUUCGCCUACAUCGGCGUGAGCGUCGUGCUCUUCCUGGUGAGUCGCUUCAGUCCGUACGAGUGGAAGAAGAGUGAGGAGGAAGACGAGGUGGAGGAAGACGAAGCGCCGCCCACCACUUCCAAACACGUUGCCGGACUUCCACUUCCUGCGUGCCACAAAGACAAAGAAAAAGAGAGUCCGGAGCACACCAACGACUUCGGCAUCUUCAACUCUCUGUGGUUCUCCUUGGGAGCCUUCAUGCAGCAAGGAUGCGACAUCUCACCCAGGUCCCUGUCGGGCCGCAUCGUGGGCGGCGUGUGGUGGUUCUUCACGCUGAUCAUCAUCUCGUCGUACACGGCCAACCUGGCGGCGUUCCUGACGGUGGAGCGCAUGGUGUCGCCCAUCGAGAGCGCCGAGGACCUGGCCAAGCAGAGCGAGAUCACCUACGGGACGCUGGACGGCGGCUCCACCAAAGACUUCUUCAGGAGGUCCAAGAUCGGCGUGUUCGAGAAGAUGUGGUCGUACAUGCGCGGCGCCGACCCGUCCGUCUUCGUCAAGAACACGGACGAAGGCGUGAGCCGCGUGCGCAAGUCCAAGGGCAAGUACGCCUACCUGCUGGAGUCGUCCAUGAACGAGUACAUCGAGCAGCGCGCGCCCUGCGACACCAUCAAGGUGGGCGGCAACCUGGACUCCAAAGGCUACGGCGUGGCCACGCCCAAAGGCUCGUCGCUCAGAAUUCCCGUGAACCUGGCCGUGCUCAAGCUCAAUGAGCAGGCCGUGUUAGACAAGUUGAAGAACAAGUGGUGGUACGACAAAGGUCAAUGUGGACACAAGGACGCCGGCAGGAAGGACAAGACGAGCGCGUUGAGCCUGAGCAACGUGGCGGGAAUCUUCUACAUCCUGAUUGGCGGCCUGGGCGUGGCCAUGAUGGUGGCGCUGCUCGACUUCUGCUACAAGUCGCGGCUCGAGUCGCGCAGGAUGAAGGAGCUGAUCGACGCCGCCGUGCUGAGCAGCGGCCUGGGCGGCGUGACGCUGGCGCUGGCGGGCGACAACGCCGGCUGGCCUGCGUGAGGCGAGGCCGGGCCUGCCCUCCGACCCCACGAGAGCCGAGAUGAACCGAGCGCACCUGAACGCGACGCCCGACCUUCGGCAACGCGCUGCUGCUUCUUCUUCUAACUUUUCUUCUACUACUUUUCUUCUUCUACUUUUCUUCUUCCUUUUGAGCCUGCCGUGUUGUUUGCAAGCUAAUUCAUUGAAAUCGCAUAUGAUCACUCCUCCUUUCACUUGCUUGUUGAACCCAAAUUAAAAUAAUUACAAAAUAUGA